AUGUCUGAUUCAGAAAUCGAUCUUCCAAAGGAUGCUGCUGCUUAUCUUAAGAAAUUGCAGGAGAGACCACUUGUGAUCCCUGAAAUUGAUUUCACUGUUUACGAAAUUGGUGAUGGUAAUAGGGUUUCUACCCUGGAACGAUAUUGCAAAGACGUUCAAGCUCCCGCUGUUCAAAAACCAACACCUGAAGAAUUCUUUUCAGAAGCAGAUCCUUCCAAACCCGAUAUCGCAUUUUUGAAGAAUCAUUUUUAUCGUGAAGGAAGAAUCACAGAAGAACAAGCUUUGUUUAUCAUUAACAAAGGGACUGAAAUAUUAAAGCAAGAACCAAAUUUACUAGAAGUUGAUGCUCCAAUAACCGUCUGUGGUGAUAUUCAUGGUCAAUACUAUGAUUUGAUGAAAUUAUUUGAAGUUGGCGGUAAUCCUGCCGAAACACGCUACCUCUUCCUCGGUGAUUAUGUUGAUAGAGGUUAUUUUUCCAUCGAGGUAUAUGAGGCAUGCAUGGAAUCAUUUUGCGCUCUUCCGCUCGCCGCCAUAAUGAAUAAACAAUUUCUUUGUAUUCAUGGUGGUUUAUCACCAGAUUUGGUUACUUUAGAUGAUUUGCGUUCUAUUAAUAGAUUUAGAGAACCUCCAACAAAUGGGUUAAUGUGUGACUUAUUGUGGGCUGAUCCAUUAGAAGAAUUUGGACAAGAAAAAACAAAUGAAGGUUUUAUACAUAAUCAUGUUAGAGGAUGUUCUUAUUUCUUUAGUUAUCUGGCAGCCUGCAACUUUUUAGAAAAAAACGGAUUAUUGUCUAUAAUCCGUGCUCAUGAAGCUCAAGAUGCGGGGUAA